CGUUCUACCUUUCAGAAAGGGAAACCGUGUUUGGGGAGGAAUUGUAUCUCCCUAUUUUUUCUUUCAGCCUUGUCCAAGGGUCGUGGCUGGAACUUUCCAUCAAUUCUUUCCUUUCUUUUUUCUCUCUAGCGUUUGCCUGGCCGCUGUGCCUGUCACAGUGAAGUCAGCUGCAGGCCUCCAGAGCGUGGCUGUUAAACUGAGAAAUUUGUCCUGAGGGUGUCAGGUAUUUCUUCCUGGCUUCCCCAAAACUUAGCCACAGGAGUCUUUCUGGGGGUGUCCCUUUCAGGCUGCAUUUGGACGCUGCCUUAAGUUGCAGGAGAAGGAGCUGGAGGAAAACAACAGCAAAGCAGCAGAGUGAGAGAUGCCCCAGGGCCGCAGGCCGACCUGGGGGGACACGCUGGGGGUCAGACACGCCCCCCUUGGUGGGGCUGUGCUCAAGCAAAGUCAGCGUGCUUUGGAUUGAAAGUUCAGGGCCUUCAAGAUUAUGCUGCUCUUCCUUAGCACUCUGUUGCCAGCAGUUUUUGCAGCUGCUUUCGUUAGCGUCUCCGCACGGCCGCGCUGGGACUGUCCUGCAGGCCCUCCCUCGGGAAAGGGGCAUUCUCCCUGUGUGGGUCCUGUGCCCUUCUUAAUUUUCUCCUAUGGAAAUAGUAUCUUUAGGAUUGAUCUGGAAGGAACUAAUCAUGAGCAAUUGGUGACAGAUGCUGGCAUAUCGGUCAUCAUGGAUUUUCAUUACAACAAGGGAAGAAUCUAUUGGGUAGAUCUAGCAAGACAACUUUUGCAAAGCGUUCUUCUGAAUGGGACAAGGCAAGAGAGAAUAUGCAAUAUAGAGAGAAAUGUUUCAGGAAUGGCAAUAAAUUGGAUAAAUGAAGAACUUAUUUGGUCAAAUCAAGAGGAAGGAGUCAUUACAGUAACAGAUAUGAAAGGAAACAAUUCCCGUGUUCUCUUGGGCACCUUAAAAUCUCCUGCAAACAUAGCAGUUGAUCCAGUAGAAAGGCUUCUCUUCUGGUCUUCAGAGGCGGCCGGCAGCCUCCACAGAGCAGAUCUCAAUGGUGUGGAAGAGAAGGUUCUGUUAGAGACAUCAGGGAAAAUAACAGCUGUGUCACUGGAUGUGCUUGAGAAGCGGCUCUUUUGGAUUCAGUACGACAGAGAGGGCGACAAUUCCCGUGUUUGUUCCAGCGAUUAUGACGGAGGGUCUGUCCGUUGCUGCAAACAUCUUACACAGCACAACUUGGUUGCAGUGUCCCUCUUUGGUGACCGUAUCUUCUAUUCAACGUGGAGAAAACAGACAAUUGAGAUAGCUGACAAAUACACUGGGAAGGAUGUGGUUAGAAUUAACCUCAGUCGGUCCUUUGCACCACCUGCUGGAAUUAAAGCUGUGCAUCCCCUCAUGCAGCCUGAGGCAGAUGGCGGUGCGCAGGCAUCUGACCAGAAAGUCUGCAAACUGAGGAAAAGUGACUGCAGAGGCAGCGUGUGUGGGCAAGACCCUAAGUCCCAUCUGUGCGCAUGUGUGGAGGGAUAUACUUUAAGCCAAGACGGGAAGUCCUGUGAAGAUGUCAAUGAAUGUGCCUUUUGGAAUCAUGGCUGUACUCUUGGGUGUGAAAACAUCCCUGGAUCCUAUUAUUGCACAUGCCCUGUAGGAUUUGUUCUGCUUCCUGAUGGGAAACGGUGUCAUGAAUUAAUUUCCUGCCCAAGCAACGCAUCCGAAUGCAGCCAUGACUGUGUUCUGACCUCAGAUGGGCCCCUGUGUUUCUGUCCUGAAGGCUCAGUGCUUGAGACAGAUGGAAAAACGUGUAGUGGCUGUUCAUCACCUGAUAACGGUGGAUGCAGCCAGCUCUGCAUCCCGCUCAGCCCAGCAUCCUGGGAAUGUAGUUGCUUUCCUGGCUACGACCUACAAUUGGACCAGAAAAGUUGUGCAGCUUCAGGACCACAACCGUUUUUGCUGUUUGCCAAUUCUAAAGAUAUUCGACACAUGCGUUUUGAUGGAACAGAUUAUGGAAUCCUGCUCAGCCAGCAGAUGGGGGCAGUUUUUGCCCUAGAUCAUGACCCUGUGGAAAAUAAGAUCUACUUUGCCCAUACAGCCCUGAAGUGGAUCGAGAGAGCUAACAUGGAUGGUUCCCAGCGAGAAAGGCUUGUUGAGGAAGCCGUUGAUGUGCCAGAAGGUCUUGCUGUAGACUGGAUUGGCCGCAAACUCUACUGGACAGACAGAGGGAAAGCUCUCAUUGAAGGGAGUGAUUUAAAUGGAAAAUUCCGUGAAAUCAUCGUUCGGGAGGACAUCUCUCAGCCACGAGGCAUUGCUGUCCAUCCCAUGGCCAAGAGAUUAUUCUGGACUGAUAUGGGGAUUAAUCCACGAAUUGAAAGUUCUUCCCUUCAAGGCACUGGCCGUCUGGUUAUAGUUAGCUCUGAUCUGGCCUGGCCCAGUGGAAUAACGAUUGAUUACUUAACUGACAAGUUGUAUUGGUGCGAUGCCAAGAAGUCUGUGAUAGAAAUGGCCGAUCUGGAUGGUUCAAAACGCCGAAGACUUGCCCAGAACGAUGUAGGGCACCCGUUUGCUGUGGCCGUGUUUGAGGAUCACGUGUGGUUCUCUGAUUGGACUGUGCCAUCAGUAAUAAGGGUGAACAAGCGGACUGGCAAAAACAGGGUACGUCUCCGAGGCAGCAUGCUGAAGCCCUCAUCACUGGUUAUAGUUCAUCCAUUGGCAAAACCAGGAGCAGAUCCCUGCUCACAUCAAAAUGGAGGCUGUGAACACACCUGCAAAGAAAGGUUUGGAACUGCUCAGUGUUUGUGUCGUGAAGGUUUUAUGAAAGCCCCAGAUGGGAAAAUGUGUCUGGCUCUGAAUGGCCAUCAGAUAUUGGCAGGUAGUGAAGCAGAUCUAAGUGGUCAAACAACGCCAUUGGGCAUCUUAUCCAGGAGUAGAGGGUGUGAAGAUAACAUUUCAGAAUCUCAGCAAAUGCUAGUGGCUGAAAUCAUGGUGUCAGAUGAUGAUGACUGUGGCCCCGUGCGAUGCGGUCCCCACGCCCAGUGUGUUUCAGAGGGAGAGGAGGCCAUAUGUCAGUGUUUCAAAGGAUUCGCUGGGGAUGGACAGCUAUGUUCUGAUGUGGAUGAAUGUGAGGUGGGAAACUUGGUGUGCCCCCACCCCUCCUCUCGGUGCGUCAACACUGAAGGUGGCUAUGUCUGCCAGUGCUCGGAAGGCUACCGAGGCGAUGGGAUGCAUUGUCUAGAUAUUGAUGAGUGCCAACUGGGCAUGCACACCUGUGGAGAAAAUGCCAGCUGUACAAAUACAGAAGGAAACUAUACCUGCCUGUGUGCUGGUGGCCUGUCUGGACCUGGAUGGAUUUGCCCCAACUCGACUGUACCCUCUCCUCCCAGGGAGGAUGGCCACUACUCUGUGAGAAAUAGUUACCAGGAAUGUUCCCAGUCCUAUGACGGGUACUGCCUCCACGGUGGCAAGUGUGUGUAUCUUGUACAAGUCGACACACAUGCGUGCAACUGUGUUGUUGGCUACGUCGGAGAGCGAUGUCAGCACCAGGACUUGAGGUGGUGGGAACUGCGCCACACCGGCCACGGGUGGCCCCGGAGCAUCACCGUGGUGGCCGUCUGCAUGGUGGUGCUCAUCCUGCUGCUGCUGCUGGGCCUGUGGGGGGCUCACUACCACAGGGCUCAGAAGCUGCUAUUGAAAAAUCCAAAGAAUCCUUAUGAAGAGUCAAGCAGAGAUAUGAGCGGCAACAGGCCUGCAGACAGCGAGGCUGGCAUGUCCUCUUGCCCCCAACCUUGGUUUGUGGUUAUAAAGGAACAACAGCAAAACCUCAGGAGUGGGGAUCAACCUGUGCACCCCAAGGACGGCGAGACAGCAGAUGUUGGCCAGUUUUCCUCCCUGGAGCCUGGGUCAUUGCAACAGACAUCGUGGAGGAAGGAGCCCCAGAUGUAUACGGGCACAGAACAAGGUUGCUGCAUUCCACCGUCCAGUGGCAAAGGCUCCGGGCCCCAGGCAAUGGAGUGUAGCUUUCAUCUCCCCUCCUAUGGGGCACGGCCCGCUGCUACGGGGGUUGAGAAGCCUCAUUCUCUCCUGUCAGCUAACCCGUUAUGGCAACAGAGAGCCCCAGAUCCACCGCUCUAAAUGGAGCUGAUUCAGUAAAAACUGGAAUGAAAAGGAAGGUCAAGAAGAACAAACUGUAUCGGUGGACAGUAAUACUACGUUUCAAAAAGUAGAAGAAAAAUACAGAUUUGGGUUCUACCAUCUCUACGACUAAUCACCUACUCAGCGUCCUAGAGGCAUAUAUGGAUUGUGCUUUUGAUUCUUCCUUCAAGCAAGUCCCGCUUCACAUUUUCAAGUGAAAGCAACUGGGCAAAUCACUAGGUAACUCAUUAGAAACCCAAUGGAGGUGCUUUGUAAACCAUGUCGGCUUCAAUAAUCAAUACAGAGAGGUGUUUUUUCCUGCAGCCACAGAAGAAAUUUGGAGUUAAAAGCAGGCAAUCAUACUGGUUUGGUCAGCUAUAAGGUAAUUUCUUUUACCUGGACAGAACAUUUAGCUCAAUCUCAUGAGAUGGUUAGAAUAUUAAAAUUACUGUUAUGAUACAUUGUAGGCAUUUAACUUAUCGUUGGUGUGGUCCAUGCUGAUAAUUUUGCAGAAUAAAUUAUGAUAAAGGAAUGAAAAAUGUACUAAUUUAUAGCCUGAUUUCGUCAGAAUUAGACGCUUAUUUUUUCUAUUUUAAAAUCUUUGAAUAAAAACAUUUAAUUUUUAAAACAUUACCCAAGA